GACUGCCUCGAGGUGGUGUGCUUGUGGCGGCACAGGCAGCACCCUGAGCAACGGCGAGGAGCGGUCCGCUCCGCACCGGCGGGCGAGAAGCUUCGCACAACCUCAAAAGGAGGUGCGCCGUGCCUCCCUCUCACGACGAUCCGCACACCUCCUCCAAGCCCCUCUCCGCCAUGCAGCUCACCGCCGCCGCCCUUCUCGCCGCCCUCUCGCUCGUGUCGGCGUCGCCGCUGGCCAAGCGCGACGUCAGCGUGCCGUUCCAGGGCAAGACGUUCGUCAACAAGGGCCUCGUCGGCUUCGGCCGUGUCUCGAGCGAGCUGCGCGACUCGUUCGGCGAGACGCUCGGCGGCCUCGGCAGCGCCAUUGCGCUCGAGUCCUUCUCCACCGACGCCGCCGGCAAGGCGACGUUCAGCCUGCUCAUGCAGCCCGACCGCGGCCACAACACGCAGGUGACGACGGACUACCGGGCGCGCCACCACCGCUUCACGGGCACCUUCGACGCUGCCGCCACGGGCCCGGCCGAGAACGUGGCGCUCACGUACAAGAACACGCAGCUCUACCGCAUCGCCGACCCCAAGUUCGGCCUCAACUUCACCACGGGCCUCGACCCGACGGGCUCGCGUGCGCCGCUGCUCCAGCGCAACAUCCUGCUGCCCAUCGCGGCGCCGAACAACCACGUGUCGUUCGACCCCGAGGGCCUCGCCAUUGACCGCCGCGGCUUCUACUACGUCUCGGACGAGUACGGCGCCAACGUCUACGUCGUCGAGCAGCGCACGGGCCUGGUCGUCAGCACGAUCACGCCUCCCGCUGCGGUGAUCCCGCUCAUCGGCGGCAAGGCCAACUUCACCAGCGAGACGGUGCCGGACAGCGGCCGCGCGCCGAACCAGGGUCUCGAGGGUCUGACUCUCGACCAGUCCAAGGGCGGCCUGCUCUGGGGCCUCAUGCAGUCGGCCCUCGUGCAGGACAGCACCAAGUCGUCCAAGGAGACGAACCGCUACGCCCGCCUCUUCGGCUGGGACGUCUCGAACCCGCUGCGCGCCCGUCUCGUGCACGAGUACGUCGUGCCGCUGCCGCAGAGCAAGAAGCUGCGCACGCGCGCCUCGAGCGAGCUGCACAUCGUCGACGGCAACACGUUCCUCGUGCUGGCGCGCGACGGCAACGGCUUUGGCGACACCAGCUCGGACUCGAGCUACAAGCAGGCCGACCUGAUCAGCACCGUCGGCGCCACCGACAUUGCCGGCUCCAAGUACGACCAGCCGCAGAACCCCGUCGCACCCGGCGGUGUGCUCGACGCCAGCGUCACGCCCACGGCGUACCAGUCCUUCGUCGACCUCGUCAACAAGAAGGAGCUUGCCAAGUUCGGCCUGCAGACUGGCGGCGCCUUUGACCGCACGCUCAUCGCCUCGAAGCUCGAGUCGCUGGCGCUCGCCAAGCUGCCCAACUCGGACGACGCGCUGCUCUUCGUCGUCUCCGACUCGGACUUCAUCACCAAGAACGGCUUCCAGGCCGCCGAGCAGAAGCGCGGCCAGUACGUCGUCGCUCCCUACUCCGACCCGUACGCCGAGCAGUACGGCAACGCCGACACGCAGGUCUUCAUCUACCGCGUCACGCUCCCCGGCUACAGCCAGCCCAGCGUCAAGAAGUAGACGGUGAACCGCCGUCCUGUCACCGCCGCCCGCCCCACGUCAUCUUCUCUGCCCGCUCGCUUCGCUGUAUGCCUCGUGUGCCAUAGAUUGCU